ACAGGGGUCAAACGUACUUCAACUUUCAGGCACCAACUUUUGUACCCAUUUCAACGCCACAAUUCUUCCCUUCAUCCCAGCGAACAUCUGUAAUAUUCAAGGAGUUCUUCUUUUCUCUGGAUUUUGAUUUUACAUGGCAGCCAUGAGUACCUUCAGCGAGGGCAAACCGCCGCCGCCACCUGCCACCACCGCUGGGGCGGAGACUGCUGCACUCGAUCCUCAAAUCCUCAAAGCUGGAAUUUCCGAGCACGACCAACUUGUUGAUCUGGCGGAGGAGAAGACGGGCAAGCAUGCGAAGACGAAGGAAGUCCCUCAGGCUGGCUUGAAGAACUACUUCCGUGUCCUUUCUUAUGGUACCAAGUUUGAUUUCUUCCUGAUGGGGUUGUGUUGCCUUACAUCAAUCGGAUCUGGCAUUGCUAUGCCACUGAUGAAUAUCGUCUUUGGCCAAUUGGUCGGCAACUUCACAGGCUACUUUUUACCUGGAAAUACAGUCACGAAACAUGAGUUUCAGGCGGAAAUCAACAGACUGGCGCUGUUCAUUGUCUAUCUAUUCAUUGCGAAGUUUGUAAUGUCUUACAUUUCCCUGCUCACUGUCCGCAUCAGCGGUCUGCGAAUAUCUUCUGCUCUGCGCCUAGCAUACCUUCGAGCCUUGUUCGCCCAGCCAGUCAGCGUGAUCGAUACCGUCAGUCCUGGCAAGGUCUCUACUCGCAUUACAACUUCCUCAAACACCAUUCAGGUCGGCAUAUCUCAGCAUCUUGCUAUGCUGGUCCAGGCCCUUACAUAUGUAAUUGGGAUGUACGUCGUAGCCUUUAUCAAAGGCUGGCUGCUUACACUAGUUGCUUCGGCGUCGCUUCCGUUUAUUCUGAUCAUCUACGGACUCCUUGUCCCACCUCUCAUUACGAUGCAUAAAAUCACCGAGAAACACCACGAUGAUGCUUCAGCCAUGGCUUUCGAGAUGUUCUCCUCCGUCCGCAUCGUAGUUGCAUUUGGCGCAGAGGCUAAGCUAGCAAGACAGCACGAACAUAUGUUGGACAUGGCUGCUAAGAAUUCGAGGCGAGUCGCGCCUUUGAUGGGCUUGAUGAUGGCGCCGUCGAUGAUAAGCAUGUAUGGAACGUUCGCUAUUACCUUCUGGUUUGGCAUCAAGCAGUAUACCGAAGGCAAAAUUCCUGACGUCGGCGUGAUUACCGUCGUACUCUUUUCUGUCAUGAUGGCUGUAAUGUACAUUGGCCGGUUGACGAAUCCUAUUUUCGCCAUAGUGAAAGCCGCCACUGCCGCCACCGAAUUAUUCGUAACCAUCGACGCCCCCACCCCAGAUACAUCUGGCUUGAAGGAGCCUGACAUCACCGCCGAUGCCGACAUUACAUUUCAGAAUGUGGCAUUCUCGUACCCGAGUAGGCCCAACGUUCAGAUCCUGGAGGGACUUGACCUGAAGCUAGAAGCUGGAAAAGUGACCGCGAUUGUUGGGCCGUCUGGGUCUGGAAAGUCCACCAUUGUCGGACUCGUUCAGAGGUGGUAUGAUCUUCUCGGAACAACUGCCGCAGCGACAACGCCCAAUGAGCCCACACCCACAGCGGCAGCUGAUUUAUCUGUUGACAAAGACGCCACCAAGAAGGCUACUGACUAUGCCAAGAAGGAUGAAGAGAAGGUUGAUCUUGGGCCAAAUACUUGUACCGGCACUAUUAGAGUUGGGGGGACGAAUCUUCAUGAUGUCGACCUGAAGUGGUGGCGUUCACAAAUCGGCCUUGUCCAGCAAGAACCUUUCCUUUUCAACGACACACUAUACAACAACGUUGCCUACGGCCUCUGUGGGACACGUUACGAGGAUCUGCCCAAAGAGGAAAAAAUGAAGAUGGUGGAAGAAGCAUGUCGCGAGGCUUACGCUGAAGAGUUCAUCUCGCGAUUACCCCAAGGCUAUGAGACUCUUGUCGGUGAGAGCGGAAUCAAACUCUCUGGAGGCCAACGUCAACGUAUCGCUAUUGCGAGGAGUAUCGUCAAGCAGCCGCCUAUACUCAUCUUAGAUGAGGCUACGAGCGCUAUCGAUGUGCGAACGGAGCGUAUCGUUCAACAGGCGCUUGAUCGUGUGUCGAAGAAUCGCACAACCAUCGUCAUCGCCCAUCGCCUUUCUACUAUCCAGCGAGCGGAUAAGAUCGUCGUGCUACGGCAGGGCAAGCUAAUCGAACAAGGCACUCACGACGAGCUGCUGAAGAUCGAGGCUGGCGUUUACCACGGUUUAGUCCACGCCCAAGAACUCGUAAUGGAAGCCGAAGAACACGAUACCAAAGACUCCACCCUCGAGAGAACCAAGACAGCCGAAGAUGAAGAAUCUGAUGCCCAUGAGCGCGGCAGUCGGAGUUCAGAGAAAGAAGAAGAAUACAAGGACCAAGGUCUACUCCGUAGCUUCGGUCGCCUACUCACCGAACAGCGUCAUCACUGGGUUCUGUACAUCAUCGCAGCCCUUGGUGUGCUGGGCGGUGGUGCCGUGUAUCCACUACAAGCCUACCUUUUUGCCAGCCUAAUCAACGUCUUCACACUCACCGGCGACGAGCUUGUCCGCAAAGGCAACUUCUGGGCAGGCAUGUUCGGUAUACUAGCUGCUAGUGUCGGAGUAGCGUACUUUGUCCUCGGUGUUGCAUCGCAUCUAAUAUCGGUCGCGGUGACGCGGACUUAUCGACAAGAAUACUUGGACAAUAUGAUCAGGAAGCGUAUUUCAUUCUUUGAUGAUCAGGGCCACAGUCCUGGGUCUCUGACGUCAAGGCUGAGUACAGACUGCGUACAGCUCCAACAGCUCAUGUCGACGGAGAUGUCCUUUGCGCUUAUUGCUCUUGUCAAUUUGGUCGGUUCGAUCAUCAUUGCAUUCGUGUAUGGCUGGAAACUUUCGCUCGUCUGUGUCUGCUCUGCAAUGCCGCUCAUCCUCGUUGCUGGAUAUGUACGUAUGCGGUUGGAGGUGCAGUUUGAGAAAGACAACGCCAAAGUGUUCGAGAACAGCAGCCAGUUUGCUGCAGAGGCCGUCGGCGCUUUCCGUACGGUCCUCAGUCUCAUCAUGGAAGACACCAUCGGCGAUCGCUAUCAAACUUUGCUCCAGGGCCAAGUCAAACAGGCCUUUGCAAGUGCAAAGUACGGCACUCUCGUCUUUGCAGCAAGUGAUAGUAUCGAGCUAGCAUGCAUGGCGCUCGCAUUUUGGUACGGCGGUACUCUUCUCGCAUCGCGCGAAUACGGCCUCGUCGACUUCAUGGUCGUCUACAUGGCCGCCAUUCAAGGUGCUAUUGCGGCAGGAAUGUGGUUCUCCGUUGCCCCCAGCAUGGCUCAGGCAACUGGCGCAGCGAAUCGAAUCAUUAGUAUGCGACCGCCCCAGAACGCUCUUUCGCCCUCAUACCCACCUUUAUACGACUCGUCCGAGGGUGUGGGUAUCGAUUUCCAAAAUGUUUACUUCUCCUACAAAUCCCGCGAAGUUCCCGUCCUCUCCAACCUCAACAUCAAGGUUCUACCCGGCCAGUUCGCCGCCCUGGUAGGCGCUAGUGGAUGCGGCAAGUCCACCACGAUCAGCCUACUAGAGCGUUUCUAUGACGCAGAUUCUGGUCAUAUUCUGUACAACGGCCAGGACAUUACGUCCCUCGACCCAUCAGAAUACAGAAAGCAAAUCGCGCUCGUUAGCCAAGAGCCCACGCUGUACGAAGGAAGUAUCACCGAGAACGUGGCACUAAGCGUGGAGACUGCAACGGAUGAGGACAUCAAGCAAGCGUGCCGCGACGCGCAGAUCCACGACUUCAUCGCUUCGCUUCCAGAUGGCUACGCUACGCGCCUCGGACCAAAAGGCAUGAGCUUAUCUGGUGGGCAGAAGCAGCGCCUUUCUCUUGCACGGGCACUGUUGCGCAAACCCAAGUUGUUGCUGCUAGACGAAGCGACUAGCUCACUAGACUCGGAGUCCGAGAAGCUCGUACAAGAGGCUAUUGAACGCGCUGCCGGGGAAGGGGGCAGAACGGUUCUGGCUGUCGCGCACAGGCUUGCUACGAUUCAAAAAGCUGAUGUUAUUUUUGUGUUGGGGAGUGGGACGGUGUUGGAAAGUGGUGAUCACCAGACGCUUUUGAGGAAAAGGGGCGUUUACUGGCAGAUGUGUCAAGCUCAAGCUCUGGACCGAUAGCGCACGUAGGUGGCUUCACGCAGCAGCUGGAUAACUACUUCUUUUCACACGCUGGCAUGCAUAGUCAUGCAAAAAGUACUACACACCUCCUCUUCCAUUUCUGUCAAUGUUUCACCUUCUCAC